AGAAAUCAUCAGAAAGAAGGGGGAGAGACGAGUGGUACUGCUCCGCUCAACAACUCGCUUUUUUUUUUUUGUUUUUUUGGCUCAUAGGUGCCCACAAUCUUGCUUGCCUUCCUUCAAAACUUCCAUCUCCUGCAACCAUAGGUUGAGCUGCAAGGCUUCUAUAUAUAAAGAUCUUAAAGAGGGAGGGAAAAGGGUUGCAUCCUCAUUACCAUAGCAGCAUAGACAAAUAUAAUGGAUCCAAGAUUGAUCCACGUGGCUAGGAAUGGAGAUAUAGAUGGUUUAUACACAUUACUUCGGGAGGAUCCUUUUAUCCUUGAGAAUGUCGAAAAGAUUCCAUUUACUGAUACUCCUUUACAUUGGGCAGCAUCAAUUGGUCAUACCUGUUUUGUGAAGGAAAUUAUAAAUUUGAAGCCUUCUUUCAUUAUGAAGCUAAACCAAGAUGGGUUCAGCCCUUUGCACUUAGCUUCAAUAUCUGGGCACCUAGAGAUCAUCAAUUUGGUCUUGAAAGAAGAAAGUGGACGCCGCCUAGGAAAACUGAAGGAGGCCAUGUAUGUUGAUGGUGGACUUUGUAACCUGAAAGGCAGAGAGAAUAGAACUCCUUUCCAUUGUGCAGUUAUUGCUGGAAACAUUGAUGCUUUGGAAGAAUUGUUCUUCAAUGACCCAAACUCCAUCAAAGCGUUGACAGUUAGAAAGGAGACUGCUCUUCAUCUGGCUUUGAAAUUUGAUCAGGUUGAAACCUUCAAAGUAAUGAUGAGUUGGCUUGAAAAAUAUUGGCACAACGAUAUUUUAAGCUGGAAAGACCAUGACGGCAACACUAUCUUGCACCUUGCUGCUUCGAGAGGACAAUAUGAGAUAGUAGAACUACUUGUACAUGGUAGUGGCCUCUUUGUUAGAAAUGCUAUCCAAGUAAAUGCGAUAAACAAUGACAAGUUGACAGCGUUGGAUCUGGUAAUGCAUCUUCCAAGUGAUCAAGCAAACCAAGAAAGAAUAAGAAGUACCCUAUGCAGAGUAGGAGCUAAGGGAGGCCAAGAUAUUAGUACUGAGAUGAGAAAAGUACCAGAAAAAUUAACUUCUAUAUUGAAAUGGCUGGUGUCCAAGUCAAAAAUUAAAUCUGUGUAUAGGCAUUUCAUCAGAUUGAAGGUGGACAGGGAUACUCCACUUGAUACGCGUAAUGCUUUGUUGGUGGUAGUAGUUCUAAUCGUCACAGCAACAUAUCAAACCGGACUCAAUCCCCCUGGUGGUUAUUGGCAAGAUGAUAAAAAUUCUACCUUCGACAAUGACGGCAAUCUUGUACAAAUUGGCCAUUCCGCUGGGCAACCAAUUUGGUUUACAAAAGCUACAACUAUAUACAACUUGGUGAUGUUGUUUAACUUUGCAGGGUUUCUUCUAUCAGUGGUUCUGGUUUACAACCUCACAGUAGGAUUCCCUUUGCGUGGUCCACUUCUACUAGCUUUACUCUUUAUGUUGCUUACUAAUUCAUGGUCAACGCCAAUAGAUUAUAAUGGUCCAAGUGGUGCUGAUUAUAGUUAUUUUAGUGAAUCAUACUGGUGGUCUGGAAAUAUGAUGUCAUGGCUUCCAGUUGUGUUGGUGGUAAUCAUCUGGACUAUGACGGCAAACUGGAUGGCACAGAUCUGGUGGAAGCUUUUGCUUCUUACUGGCCUUGUGAAGAAUUAGCUGAAACGAUAUAUUCAUGUACCGUACCACCAGUUCCUUGAGCACAGUGUUGCAGAUUGACCUGAAGCGUCACGUUUCAUCUUCUUGCUAGUCUCUGUUUUUGUGUUUGAUCCUUAAUGUAGUUUCUUUGAACUAUCCAAAACUGAUGUACAUAGCAGGCUCCUUAGAGUCUGACUUUUAUCUACCAUAUAAAUAAUAUCAACUUCCUUUCUUUUGGUUA